CCCCACACCAUUUCUUGACUCAAAAAUGGGGACAACCAAAAACCUACAAACUUGUUUUCUUUUAUGGGUAUUUGCUGCUGGUUUCUGUGCUGCUUCUUCAAGCUUUCAAGAUGAGAAAAACAUCUACUUUUACUAUACUCCAUACGCAGAUGCUUCUCCUCCUUCCAUUGUUUCUUAUCAAAAUCCACCGCCUGCUCAUGCAAAUGAUCCACGAGUUGUUUCUUACCAAAAUCCACCACCAGCUCAUGCAAAUAAUCCACCCUCUUACCAAAAUCCACCACCAGCUCAUGCAAAUGAUCCACCCGCAGUUUCAAAUCCACCGCCAGCUCAUGCAGAUAAUCCUCCCCCAGUUUCAUACCAAAAUCCACCGCCGGAUCAAUCAAACAACCCACCGUCAGGCGGCGGCAACACACCACCGGUUGAUCAUACACCACCUCACCACCACCACCAUGAAGACAAACCACCAACUAACUGUGGAACACCACUACCACCAUCACCAUCACCACCACCACCACCACCAUCACCAUCACCACAACCACCAUCACCACCAUCAUCACCAUCACCAUCACCACCACCACCACCAUCACCAUCAACACCACCACCAUCACCACCAUCACCACCAUCAUCACCAUCACCACCAUCACCACCACCACCAUCAUCACCAUCAACACCACCACCAUCAUCUAAUGCCUAUGGUGACCCCACUCCACCACCUCCCAGCGGAGGAAAUUCCCCUAGUGGCACUCCUCCAUCACCAACCGGUUGCAAAGAUCCGUCAAAUUCUACUCUUGUUAGACCUGUAGCAGCACCCUCCCCAAGUGAGCAUCACAACCGUUCCCCACCACCACAAUCUGGAUACCACUACUACCCUCCACCUUCUACAACCACCCCACCGUCCACUCCUCCUACUGACUCUCCGUCCACCACUCCUUACUACAUCACCCCACCGCCACACCCCAAGCACACCACUCCACUGCCACACCCCAAGCGCACCACUCCACCAUCUCACCCCAGAUCACCCACCACCCCACGGUCUACCCCUCCUUCGCCUGGUGACGUGUUCCGAUCACCUCCGUUUUUCCCAAAUAUACCAUUCUUUGGUGGCACAUGCGAUUUCUGGAGGACACACCCAAACUUGAUCCCAGAUCUAUGCAACUGGUGGCGUAGCACAUUCGGCCCACUCUUGGGGCUAGGCAGCAUUCCCGGGUUCGGCUCAGACAUGAGCUUUCAGAACGCACUUUCAAACACCAGAACCGAUGGCAUUGGUGCACUUUACCGUGAAGGAACAGCUUCUUUACUCAACUCUAUGGUAAACCCGAACUUCCCGUUCGCAACCAACGAUGUGGUAGAAAGUUUCGUGGCUGCACUAGUCUCGAAUCAGGCGGCAGCGGCCCAAGCCCACCUUUUCAAGCUAGCCAAUGAGGGUCAACUCCAGCCAAGAGUCUAGUUACCAACUGCAUUGAUCUUUGUCUAUUUCAUAUAAACUUUUAUUUAUUGUUUGUAGGGGGAUAUUUUUGAUAAUUAGCCGCUACGAUAUAUGAUGUUCUGCACCAUGUUUACAUGGAUUAUCAGAAGUUUUGGAUAAAAUGAUGAAUUUAUGAGAUUAUGACUGUUGUUGACCA